AUGCCAUCUGCAUUUGAUCUAAUUGAUUCAGGCGGUGGCAGUGGUGUGCAGACCGAUGAUAUAAAAUAUGGUUCAUCAUCAUCAUCAUCGCCAUCAUCGGUUGGCGGUGGUCCAUUCAGUACAUCGACAAGUUCUCGUACGGGCACCAUUACUGAUCCAUCGUUUCCAUAUUUUCCACCACCAUUUAAUCCAACAUUUGUAGCUCAAUUCGAUAUACAUGCAGCAACAAGUGCUAUGGAACAUUAUCCAACAUUUAAUUAUGGUACAGUAAACGGUUCCUCAGGAUCGUCAUCGUCCUAUGCAAAUGCAACAACAGGUAUGCAUCAUCAUCAUGCAAAUACAAGCAAUAAUACAUUUAAUACAUCAUCGUAUGAUCCGUAUGCCAGUGCUUAUGUCGCAACGACUGCUGCACGUCAUCAUCAAUCGAUUCUUGACGUUCAUCAUCAACAAGCAGCUGAACUUUAUUCUCGUCAUGCUCAACAUCAUCAGACUUCAUCCAGUUCACUUGUCGAUAAUACAUCUCGUAUUCUUAAUGGUAGCGAUGAGUUACAAACCGAUGAUUCAUCUUAUCAUAGAUCAUCAGCGAGUAGAGAUGGUCGACGUUCGGAUCGAUCUCGUGAAUCGAGUUCAUAUUCUUCAAUGUGUUCUGUUAAUGGUAAUGGUUCGAUUUCACCAACAGAUUUUUUUUGCCAAGUACCUGGUCGAUUAUCACUUUUAAGUCAAUCAUCAAAAUAUAAAGUAACAAUAAGUGAAAUUCAACGACGUCUUGGUCAACCUGAAAAUCUCAAUGCAUCGUUACUUGGUGGCGUUUUAAGACGAGCUAAAUCGAAAAAUGGUGGUCGAGAUCUACGUAAUAAAUUGGAAAAAAUUGGUGUAACACUACAAGCGGGCCGUCGUAAAACAUCGACAACAACAUUAUUUACUUCUCUUGUCGAAGGUGAAGCAAACCAAUUAGCUAUUGAUUUUCGUAGUUUAUGUGAAGCGGAAUUUCCGACUAAAACGACUGCUCAUUAUGUAGCAAGACAUUAUUCAGAUCCGAAUGAAAUAAGCUCACGUCGAAAUAUGAUUUUAGCUGCCAAGCAAUUAAUUCAAGAAUUUAGUGAGUUGCUCAAACAAGAUCGAUCGCCUGUAAAUUUUGCAUCACCAAAUAGUGCUACUUCUCGACAUACAUCUAAUUCAUCAUUGAUUUCUCAUCAAAAUUUUCCGACGAUUCUCGAUCCAUCCGUGCAACGAUCAUUGCUAUUUUUUUCUCUUUUAACACACGGUUUCGGUACACCAGCUAUAAUGGCUGCUGUCGAUGUAUUUCAAUCGUAUUUAAAUGAAAUGCUUAAAAAUUAUGAAGAAAGCUAUCCAAUGUUCAUGGCAUCAACAUCGACAAAAAAUGGAUGCAGUGGAAGUGACAUUGAUUAA